AUGCUUUUCCAAGCCACGCCCCUGCCUUUCGACGCGCUCAAACAGCCUGGUUUAUCUUGGGGUGUUGGAGAAAUGCAUGCGAGCGCUGCGCUUCGUUCCCGCGUUACAUCUCUCCACACCUACGCCCUCUUGUACGCCCUCAUGUGCUCGAGCUCGGAGUGUCUCCAGAUAUUCGCAGUGCUGCGGUUCCUCUUGUCGUGCUUCAAGGUCCAGUCUUCGUUCAUCGUAUGCUUAAUCGAGAUCGAUGCUUUAGUCGUUGUUCGUCGUCUUUUUGGUCGGGCUACCAACAACUACGGGGGAAGCAGACGCUGUGAGGAAGCUGACGCCGCUUUCCUCGUGUUCUACGGGGAAUGA